CCCAGCGGGCUUUUAAGCUUUAUAAGUUCCUCUUUCCCACCUCGACACUUACUCGGCUUCACCAGUUGAACUUGGGACCAGCGCGGCCUCAGCGCCGAGUCGGGGGCGAGGCGGCGGCGCAGCGCGGCGGGGCAUGAACCUGGAGGGCGGCGGCCGCGGCGGGGACUUCGGCAUGAGCGCCGUGAGCUGCGGCAACGGGAAGCUCCGCCAGUGGCUCAUCGACCAGAUCGACAGCGGCAAGUACCCGGGGCUCGUGUGGGAGAACGAGGACAAGAGCAUCUUCCGCAUCCCCUGGAAGCACGCGGGCAAGCAGGACUACAACCGCGAGGAGGACGCGGCGCUCUUCAAGGCUUGGGCACUAUUUAAAGGAAAGUUCCGAGAAGGCAUAGACAAGCCCGACCCUCCGACCUGGAAGACGCGCUUACGAUGCGCUUUGAACAAGAGCAAUGACUUUGAGGAGCUGGUGGAGAGGAGCCAGCUGGACAUCUCGGACCCCUACAAAGUGUACAGGAUUGUGCCCGAGGGCGCCAAAAAAGGAGCAAAGCAGCUCACCCUGGAGGACCCGCAGAUGACCAUGAGCCACCCCUACACCAUGACAGCUCCCUACACCUCGCUGCCAGCGCAGCAGGUUCAUAACUACAUGAUGCCUCCCCACGAGCGAGGCUGGAGGGAGUACAUCCCCGAUCAGCCCCACGCGGAGAUCCCGUAUCAGUGUCCGGUGACGUUUGGAUCCCGCGGCCACCACUGGCAGGGCCCGGCUUGUGAAAACGGUUGCCAGGUGACAGGAACCUUUUAUGCUUGUGCCCCGCCUGAGUCCCAGGCCCCAGGAAUCCCCAUAGAGCCAAGCAUAAGGUCUGCCGAAGCCUUGGCGCUCUCAGACUGCCGACUGCACAUCUGCUUGUACUACCGGGAGAUCCUGGUGAAAGAGCUGACCACAUCGAGCCCAGAAGGCUGUCGGAUCUCCCACGGGCACACUUACGAUGCCAGUAACCUGGACCAGGUCCUGUUCCCCUACCCAGAGGACAAUGGCCAGAGGAAAAACAUCGAGAAACUUCUGAGCCACUUGGAGAGGGGUGUGGUCCUCUGGAUGGCCCCUGAUGGGCUUUAUGCCAAAAGACUGUGCCAGAGCAGGAUCUACUGGGAUGGGCCCCUGGCACUGUGCAGUGACAGGCCCAACAAACUGGAGAGGGACCAGACCUGCAAGCUCUUCGACACACAGCAGUUUUUAGCAGAGCUGCAAGCUUUUGCUCACCAUGGCCGUCCCCUGCCAAGAUUCCAGGUAACUCUGUGCUUCGGGGAAGAGUUUCCAGAUCCUCAGAGGCAAAGGAAGCUCAUCACUGCUCACGUCGAACCUCUACUCGCCAGACAGCUGUACUAUUUUGCUCAGCAAAACAGUGGACACUUCCUGCGGGGCUACGACCUGCCCGAGCACAUCGGCAGCCCCGAGGACUACCACAGGUCUAUUCGCCACUCCUCCAUUCAAGAAUGAGAGGGCCGCCGAGGGGCGUCGUGCCACCGUAGAUACCCGACGUUCCCAGGGACAGCUGACCGAACUCCCUCUUUUCCUUUUGAGAAAGCUGGCGAUUGGGACUUCAGCCCUUGAGGAGAAUCUCGGCAAGAAUGAGCGUAAAAACAAACAAACAAACAAACAAACAAACAAACAAAAAAACCCCAAAAAAACCCAAAACCACCCCGGCUCCGUCUAAGCGAGCUUAUUCCUAAGGAAACGCGGUUUGCAGGGUCUCCCGUAGACUGCCGCCUUUGAGGAUCACUGUGAACGUUGACCAAAGGAUGUGUUUACAUUGACUUAAAUGCUCUCUUUAAUUUGAUGUGGAUUAUCUGUUGCUUGAAAACGGAGAAAACUUGUGUUUCAGUGUCGACCACUAACUGGAGGGAUAGAAGCACACGAGUGUCGUACUAUUACUCAGGGAACUAAUGUCUAAAUUUGAGGUGACUCUGCCCACAAAAGGAACAUGUUAAUGCCCAUAGAAGAUGUCGCUCUUGUAGACAAUGCUUGCUGUUAGAGAAUCUUUGGCUGGGACUGGACCACGGUGCCUCCAGCCUCAGGCUGGCUCAUUAACCCGCUGCGCCCGGGCCCGGGCCUGGCCCCACGGCUUCCCUGCCUUGUCUAACCACACCCCCCUCCGUUUGCUCUCUCUCCUCGGGCGCCCCUGAGAACCAAUUGGUAUUUUCUGGAAAUAGGUUAAAAAAAAGCAUUAGGGCUACCCUUGAUUAGUGUGUUUAGUAAGGCCUACAGUCUGGCAAUGGGUACUUGAGAUAGUUUUUGUUUUGUUUUUUGUCUCUCUAUUCUCUCUAUUCUCUAUAUUCUAUUCUCUAUAGAAUAGAAAUCAUGGCUAGAGCUAUAUUUUUAAAAAAGAAGAAAAGGGUAACAAUCCAAGUACUGAAGAUAUAUUUUUGAAACUCGGUGACAUUUCCCCCUCUUACCCUGUUUGUUUUGUUUGGCUAUCAGUUAGUUAUCCAUGACAACACUAAAGAGGAGGAGCCGAUGCUUUUCAAUUUGUUGAACUCUGUUAGGAAAGAUGAUGACAGGAUUUCACUGAUUGCGUAACUGCAGACUCAGUGGGCUGUUUUUGCUUAUUUUGUAUAUUAUGUGCUUCCUCAUGCCAAUAUGGUUUGACAGGGCUUUUACUGGGCUUUUUCCAAAUAAAUCUUUUUAUAGAAUCA